UUUCACGCUACUUUUACAAACUAGAACAAUGUUACAUUACUUGGUAGUAAUUAUUUUUUGUAUUGCAAGUGUAUUUUCUCAAAAUGUUAGUGAUCCAUUCAAAUUAUCAAUAAUUCAUUUCAAUGAUUUUCACGCCAGAUUUGAAGAGACGACUCCGUCAGGAGGAACUUGCAAACAAACCGGGCAAUGCAUCGGCGGGUUCUCUCGUUUGUAUAAACAAAUAAUGACUAUGUUACAAGAAACUCCAAAUGCCGUGCUGCUGAAUGCGGGCGAUGAUUUCCAAGGGACUAUUUGGUAUUCAAUGGGAAGAUGGAACGUAACUCAAACAUUUAUGAAUAAGUUACCCAUCGAUGCAGAGACUCUUGGUAAUCAUGAAUUUGAUAAUGGCAUUGAUGGCAUCGUGCCUUACAUCAAAGCUCUUCAAUAUCCAAUUGUAGUUUCAAACAUGGACGAUUCAGAUGAACCCGAAAUACAAAAUAUUUAUCAAAAAAGCGUUGUUAUUGAAAGGUUCGGCAAGAAAAUAGGAAUUAUAGGAGUAGUACGAAAGGAUUAUCCCAUACUGGCCAGUACCGGAAAAUUGAAAUUUUAUGACGAAUCCGAAAGUAUCAAUAAAGAAGCAGAACGACUUGUCGAGGAAGAAAGCGUUUUUACUAAUAUCAUAUUGUCCCAUUGUGGUUACGAAAUUGAUCAACAUUUAGCUCGAAACGCUUCGGAAAAAAUUAGUAUAAUAGUUGGUGCGCAUUCUCAUACAUUUCUUUUUACAGGAGAUAAUCCUCCAGGUCCUGCCGAAGUCGAGGGUCCUUAUCCAACAAUAGUAACUAGUAAACAUGGUCACAAUAUUCUGAUUACUCAAGCUUCGGCAUAUUGUAGAUACUUAGGUAAUAUCACUAUAUUUCUAGACGAAGAAGGCGAAAUAUUGGAAUAUUCUGGAGCUCCCAUAUUUCUGGAUUCAAAUCUUUUACAAGAUGAUGAUAUAAAUGCUGCUUUGGAACCAUGGAAGAUUCUAUUCGAUAACCAAGGUAAUCAGGUUGUUGGUUCAAGCUUUGUUAAGCUAGACUCUACUAGUUGUUACAGACAAGAAUGUACUCUGGGUAAUUACAUAACUGAUGCUAUGGUUUACGAGUAUUCGAAAAAUGUCGCAGAGAAUGUAUGGACUAAUGCAGCAAUCGCAUUUACAAAUCCUGGAGGAUUGAGAACAGAUAUUGAAGUUGGGGAUAUUACUUACAAUGAUAUGGUGACAGCUUGUCCAUUUGAAAAUACUUUGGACUUUGGUGUUAUCCAAGGAAAGUAUCUGAAGGAAUUGUUAGAAUAUACAGUUGCUCCUUAUUCCAAGGACAAACCUAACGCUAGUCUUAAGCUACUUCAAGUUUCAGGGAUUCAAGUAGUAUAUGAUCUAUCUCGGAUUGUAGGUGAUCGAGUUAUAUCCGCUAAAAUUCGUUGCCAAAAUUGUACAAUACCCAUUUACGAAGAUUUAGACGAAAAUAUAGACUAUCCUUUGGUAAUUAAUUCUUUUAUUGCGGAAGGAGGCAGCGGAUAUCAGAUUUUAAUUGAUCAUCUGAAGAAUAGAACGAUUGGUCCGGUGGACAUUGACGUGUUAGUUGAGUUUACUAAAAGAAAAUAUCGAAUUUUUCAAGAAGAAUUUGGAAGAAUAACAUUUAAAUAACAAUAAAAGAUUAUAGUCUAGAAAUAUAUAGUUUAUUCAGAUAUAAA